UUCGUUCAUCCCCAUCAGUGCAAAUCUACCCCUUUGUGCUUGUAAAGUAACAAAGGUAUACCCUUUACACACAACACACAUUCAGCUAUCAGAAGAAGCACCAUGGCUGGUUGCUCAAGAACUGCUUCUGCUUCUGUACUGCUUCUGUUUUUUCUCUUUGGCUUCUCUGCAGCUAAAGAACUAUUGGUUGGUGGCAAGAUAAAUGCAUGGAAGAUUCCAUCUUCUGAAGCAGACUCACUGAAUCAAUGGGCUGAAAAAUCUCGGUUCAAAGUCGGCGACCAUCUUGUGUGGAAAUAUGAUGGUGGGAAAGACUCGGUUUUGCAAGUAAACAAGGAAGAUUAUGCUAAUUGCAACACCUCCAAACCCAUUGAAGAGUACAACGAUGGAAAUACUAAGGUGAAGCUAGACCGUCCUGGACCAUUCUACUUCAUCAGUGGAGCAAAGGGUCAUUGUGAAAAGGGACAAAAGCUCAUUGUGGUGGUUAUGUCUCCAAAGCAAAGAUACACGGGAGUGUCUCCUGCGCCUUCUCCAGCGGAGUUGGAAGAAGGUCCAGCUGCUGCUCCUACUAGCGCUGUGUCAGUGUUGCAAAGUGGUCUUGUCCCUGCUCUGGGACUAUUAGCUAUUUGUGUUGGUUUUCUUAUUUAAAUCACCCAACCUAAUUAGGCAUAUAUUAGUUGAGUUAUUGUGACUCAUGAGUCUUACUUUUUUGUGGUGAUGCAUUAUUUAUUUUUUUAAAACUUAUAAAUAAAAAUUUGAUAUAGGAUUCAUGUACUCGAGGAAAAAUACAUACUUGUACUCAUUUUCUGG